AUGUCCAGAGCCCUCAAGGCCAGGCAGCAGGAUGGCAGGGGGAAACCCUCCAGUGUUCUUGGGCAGGCCGGGGUGAAGCAGGAGGAGGAGGAGGAAGGCCCUGGGGCUACCCCAAAAUGGCCUCCGGAAAAGAUGGAGAAGUUCCAGCCGGUGCAGGCCGACCCAGUUGCAGACCUGACAGAAGACCAGAAACUAAGCCAAAGGUGUUUCAGGCGUAGAGCUCAGAAUUUUUGGAAAUACGUCAAAAAUGAUGAACGGGAAGAGAUCACCAUUGCAGCCAUUGAGGGCAUGGUGCGCUCUGACCCCUACAAUGCUGAGGCUUGUGCUGCCGUGCUGGAUUUGCUUGCACAGACGGAAACCUCCAGUCUGAAGCGUGUGCCAACCAUUGUGAAGUUCAUCCACCGGUGGCUUGUGUCCAACAAGGAUUUGUCUUCUGAGCACAGGCUGGACAAGUCCAUUCUAGAGCUGACCCAUGCACACCCCAGUGAUGUGGUUGUGACCCUCCUGUGCUCUGCCCCAUCAUGUGAAAGGUUUGUGGUACUGACAGUGAAAGCACUGCUCUGCCGUCUGUGGCUCGAGGAUGUGGUGUUGGCAGUUGAACGUCAGAGAGGCUGGGACACACUCCUGAACAAUGACACCCACCACUAUGCAGUGGGGCUGUUGGCCAGAGAGAUGCGCCGUGUCUCCAGGUCCUUCCGUGAAAUGAUCGCACGCUACCUGGUCAUGCUGCUCAGCAGGGAGGAGUCGUGCUGGCAGGUCCCUGCCAUGGCAUUCCUUGUCGAGGCCAGAAGGUGGCAAAGUUUUCCUGAAAGCCUCAUGGAACUACUGAAGGAUGCGGAUGGGGAGCUGGUUGGGCUGACCCUCUCUGUGCUCAGCAACAUGCUCCAGGACAACAAAGUGGCAAUUCCUGUCCCCAUCGGUCUGCAGCUGGCUGAGACACUCCCUCCACUCUUUGACAGUGACACCAGCCAUGUGCAACUUCUCUCCAUUUGCCUCUUUCGAGAGAUGAUAGUCUACCUAAAGAAAGAGGGAAAAAAUUCCCUGAAGAUGUGUGUGCGCCACAGUCUGCUUCCACUCUUCUACCACCUGUAUGAUGAGAACCAGUGUGUGGCAAAGGCUUCUCUGGAAACCCUGCUUCAAGCGACCAAGUUUCUGAAGAAGAGGAAGUUCAAGCGACUUCUGGAGAGGGACCAGCUAUGGAGAUGUAGUGAGUGCCUGCUGGCAGAGGACAGAAAAACAACAGACGAGUACUGGCGCCAGUCCCUGGCAUACCUGCAGAGCUCGCAGGAGUCCAUGCGAGAGGUGGCCAUCAAGUUCAUCGGCCUCCUUGGGCAGCGCAUGAGGGAACGCCGGCAGGAAGAGUUCCAGAUCACCUGUGAUGCCCUUCUAGGCAUGGCAAAUGACAUCAGCCCCUCUGUCUCAACCCUGGCAGAUCAAACACUGCACAGCCUAAGAACUGUACAAAGAAAUGGAUUGCCUGGCCCAUUGCAGCUGCUACAAGACCAGCUGCGCAGGAGAGCUUUUUAUUUUGGCUGCAAGUGUCCUCAGGACCUUGGGGAAGACGAGAAAAAGUGUUUUGCAGCAAGCAACCCAGCUACCCAGGCAGCAUGGCCAUGGUUGCCACGUCAUUGGGGUGACAUCAGAAGGUUGCCUUGGUGCGUGGAAGGCCUAAGCGUCAGAGCAGCUCUAGAGCUUGCUUAGAGCAGGAGCAUCCUCCUGGUUGUGGGCCUGUCAGUGUGGAGCUGCACACUGACAGGAGCCUUGUUCUUUAGUGUUGGAGUAAAGUCUGCAAACUUGCACAGCUGUGCUACAAUGAUUCCACAUCUUGCUGCUGCGGUUUGCACUAUUUAUGGCACUUUUUAUUCCGUCUAUUACAUUACUAACCUGGCAAAUCACAUGGUCCGUGUAUUCAGAGGUGCUGAUCCUGAGAUCACAGAAUCAACUGCAGUCUCUCCUCUGGCUCCCUCUGCUCAUGGAGAUGAGGCUGAAGAGGAGGCAAAUGAGAAAUAUGACCACAAGCCUAAUGCUGUGGUCACACCACAGCCUGAACAUUCUGAGCCACUCCUUCUAGAGAAAGAGCAGGAGCAGACUGCUUCAUCAGAGAUGCCAUGCCAGACUCAGGGAGAGCAGUUCCCAGCUGGAGAGCAGGAAGAGCAGCUCAGACAGCAAGUGGAAGAGCCACAGGAGAAUGGCCAAAACAUCAAGGCAGAGCCACAAGCAGAGCUGCCCGAAGCUCAGAGUCCCAUCAUGGCAGUGAAGAGGAAGAACGAAGAAGACGUGGGAACCGUCCAAGAGAAGAAUCUCGAUCAGCACCAGGGCGAUCAACAAAACCAGGUGAAUGAAAGAGUGGCAGCCACUCCACUCAUGAAACAGAGUCCUCUCCCUUGUUCUUUACAGAACGUUGAUGAACAGAUGCAGGCACAGCUGCAGGAAAAUGAGGCUAGGAUCAAGGCAAGGAAGAAGAGGCCAGGCAAUAAAAUUAAAAUCAUCAAAGAGAAAAUUAAUCUCCUCCUUCAGAAGAAAAAGGCUCUAGAAAAGCAAGUGGCCAUAAAGAAAAUAAAUCUUCAAGGACUGAUCAGAAAGGAAGUAACCUUUGAUGAACUCAUGGUCAUGAAAAUUAAUAAGCACCAAAACAUUGUGAAUUAUUUAAAGAGCUACCUUGUGGAUAAGCAACUCUGGCUGGUGAUGGAGUACAUGGACGGAGGCACUCUGAGCAGUGUCAUCGAUGAGACUCAAUUGUCUGAAAGACAGAUUGCAACCGUCAGUCGGGAGUGCCUGCAAGGACUGGAUUUUCUUCACUCGAACCAUGUGAUCCACCGAGAUUUGAAGAGUUGCAACGUCCUUCUCAGAACUGACGGCUCUGUCAAGCUGGCUGACUUUGACCUCUUGACUCAGCUCACUCCUGAGCAGAGUAGACAGAGCUCCAUGGCUGGCACUUCUGGGUGGAUGGCACCUGAAAUGGUGACAGGUCAACCAUAUGGCCCCAAAGUGGACAUAUGGGCUUUUGGAAUCGUGGGCAUCGAAAUGAUGGAACGGGAAGUUCCUUACUGGAAUGCCACUCCUGUCUUGCCUGAACUUGUGAUAGCCAUACAAGGGACACCAAAGCUGCAUCAUCCCAAUCUAUUUUCACCUUGUCUGCGAGACUUCCUGAGCUACUGCCUGCAUACAGACGAGGCACGGCGCUGGUCUGCCAAGGAGCUCCUGCAGCAUCCAUUUGUAACAUUUGCUGAGCCUGCAUCCAGCCUGGUGCCACUGAUUGUUUCAGUGAAGAAGAGGAAGGAGAGAAGAAUGUGA